AUGCCGAGACCGUCCACAGAGCCAAAACCAACACCCACCAAGAAGCCGAGACCAGUCCACCCCAAGAUCAGCCACGGCCUGCCAAACCAUGCUGACCCCUCCAACCCCCCUCCCGCAGAUAGAACCGGGAUCGGCGUCAGAAACCGGAAUCUAGACAUGGAACCAGAAUCCAAACGAUGCCCAUCCCCACCCAAGGCUAACCACCCACCUCCAUCCCGGAAGAAGACCUACACCCACCCCAACAUUCGAACAACUCCCAGAACACAUAAGAGAUUAGACACCCCGGUUGACUCCAUCCCACCCCCUCCCCCAGAUCCUCCGCCCCGCCAGCAGAGUGAAGGAGAGAGCACCAACAAUCAGAUGGUACCUACCCGCCAGUUUAGGAGGCCCUUACGCCCACCCAUGCAUCGAAGGCCAGUGCCGGUGCCGGAGUUUUGGGCCGGCACAUGCUCUGGCACCCGGCACUGGCCCAAAACCCCAGUGACACACCCUCCCGGACCCAAGCCCCCCCGGGCCCAGCCAGGACCGCAGCCCGGAGGCAACACGGCCCAGAAACCCAGAGCCCCCAAGCCCAUACCAGAUCUGCCCAGGAGCAGCCCUGCCACCUAUGUCCGCCGGUACAGGCUCCCCAAAAGCAUCGUUUGCAGCCACCAGAUGCCGCCCCCAAGAGCCACCAAAGCCAGUUGGGGCCACAGCCCUCAGCGCCAGACCCCCCAGAGACCCCGGUCCAGGGACACCCCAAAUGUCCCAAACUCAGACACCCCCGUGCAUCCGUCACAAUGCCCAAAAGGACGAAGUCAAAGGUUCCCCACCCCCACUAGGUGA